AUGUCGUUCUUUAGUAAACCCGCCGGCCAGGAGAGCGGCUCCAGCAGCGACCCCAAUUCAAAACGGAAGGCCACAUCGACCACUAAAGCUCGUGCGAGAGAUUCUGCCCUGUCUUCAGAUCCGAUUAUCCCAGAAGUACACACACCACUGGCUAAAGCUAACUCUCAGUCAUCCGGCAUUACAAGCGCGACGUAUACACGCAGCUCAGAUGGCUGGAGCGGCAGAGACACUCCUCCGACGAGUGAUCCAAUUGACGUUGACAUGAUAUCGGAUGAGGGGGACGAUGUGGAUAUCUCAAGGCCUACGUCGCGUCUGAAGAGAAAACUUGUGGUUGAGGAUUCUGAUGAGGAAGGGAGAAGUAUCAAUGCUACUGUGUACAAGAAAAGAUUAUCCGCCCGCAAACGCUCUCCAGACCCUAUGGAACAUCAACCUUCUGGUGAUGGAACGAAGAAGCCUCGUGUCUCCGUUGUGUCUUUUGGAGACGAAAAGGCUAGCGAUGACGAUGACGAUGAAUCUAGGAGCAGAUUUAACUCAUUCAGUCAACGUCUGACUAAAUUCAAGAAGUCACCUGCGAAAACAAAGAAACGGAGAGUCGUGAGUGACGAUGACGACGAUUUUAUUGUUCCAGACGAUAUCGACGAAGAUCACGAGGAUCAUGCUGGCCAGCGCUCGAAUUCUCGCGCAUCCUCUCGCGCAUCUGUUUCAUCGUCUGCCGCAAGCGUCCGUUCCUCAGCUACUUCCGAAGCUGAAUCUGAUGCCCCGGCGCAGACGAAAUCUACGAGGAAGGUCCAGCGUCCGCAACUAGGGAGAGAUACCAAUCCAAACGGCAGUCAUACCUUCCUAACAGCAGCAGAGCAGCGGGCACAGCAGCAAAAGGCAGUGAAGAAGAAUAUCGAAGAUCCUUUCUCAUUUCUCCAAGAUGUCAGGGACAAAGAUGGACUACGUCCUGGCGAGCCAGGAUAUGAUCCACGUACACUUUAUGUCCCGGCCAAAGCCUGGAAGGAAUUUACACCGUUUGAGAAGCAGUUCUGGGAGAUCAAGCAGAAUCAUUUCGACACCAUUUUAUUUUUUCAGAAGGGCAAAUUUCUGGAGCUCUAUGAAGAGGAUGCUAGAAUUGGGCAUACAGAAUUUGAUCUCAAGUUCACCAGAGAACCGCUGACUGCAGUUGAAUCGGACAGGUUGGCGUUCCGGAGAUGUCGUUCAAUUUUUGGGCCGCCAAAUUCCUUGCAAAAGGCGUGGUACAAAGUCGGGCGAGUUGAUCAGGCAGAAACCGCGCUGGGCGCUGAGAUGCGCCUUGCCGCUGACAAGAAAGGCGGAAAGACGAAGAGUGUAGCUGCCGAAGACAAAGCGAAGGAUAAAAUAGUUCGGCGCGAGCUGAAUAAGGUGUACACGAACGGUACCCUCGUCGAUGCUGAACUUCUUACUGACGAACAAGCCGGUCACUGUGUGUCAAUUCGAGAGGAAGAUAUUGAAGCGGACAAGGACGGACGACAAGGCUUCGGUAUCUGCGUUCUGGAUAGUUCGACCAGUGAAUUUAACUUAAGUACCUUCGAGGACGAUGUGUGUCGAACGCGAUUGGAGACGAUGAUGAGACAACUGAGGCCUAAGGAGAUCAUUUUCACCAAGGGUAAUCUUUCCGUGUCGACAACACGUCUUUUGAAGGUCAUUCUACCGGGAAAUUGUCUCUGGACAAGCUUGCGUGAAAGCGAGGGCUUGGCGUACGAGAAAACUCUCAAGGAACUCACUAGACUGUUCCCUGCUGAUGACGACAACGCCGACCUUCACUCGAUUCACGGCCUGACGGACACUGUACCAACUGCUAUCAGAGAUGUGGCGGGCAGCAAGUAUCUCAAUACGCUCAACAUCGAUAAAGAUAUUUUGAGCAUGAAGAAUUUCAACAUUUACGACCCUAUGAAACGAGGUCAAGGCCUGGUCCUGGAUGGUCAGACAUUAGCGCAUAUUGAAGUCCUAUUGAACAGCGAAGGCACAGAGGAGGGUUCACUGUUGAAGCAGCUGUCACGGUGUAUUACACCUUCAGGAAAGCGUCUAUUUCGCAUCUGGCUUUGUAUGCCAUUGCGCGAAGUUUCGGACAUCACUGCUCGGCUUGAUGCAGUGCAAGAUCUGCUAGAUCAUCCCACAUUUGAACAAGACUUCACCAAGAUUGCGAAAGGCCUACCGGAUCUCGAACGUGUUGUAUCUCGCAUUCAUGCCAAAAACUGUAAAGUCAAAGAUUUUUUGAAGGUUCUGGAGGCAUUUAAAGGUUUAAGUGUGGGACUCGCCGAACUCGCCGAUACUGCAGAAUCGUUCCAAUCAAAGACGAUUCUGGGACUGCUGAGGUCUGCGCCGAACCUCCUGCCUAAUCUCAAGCAUGUGAAAUCUAUGUUUAAGAAGUCUGGAGAAAGUGCUGACGAGCUGAUUCCUGAAGACGGAAAGGACGAGGCGUUCGAUGAGGUUAUGGAGGAAAUUCAAGUCUUGGAAACAGAGCUCGAUGAUGCGUUGAAAAGAUUAGAGAAGAAAGUGGGUAUCAAGUUAUCCUACUGGCACAGUGCCCAGGGUACCAAGGAGAUUUAUUUAGUACAAACCAAGGCUAGUGAAGAUGUUCCACGAGACUGGACCAAGAGUGGUGGUACUAAGGCUGUAACGCGGUACAUCGUACCUUUUCUAGCGCCUACCAUCCGGAAGCUCAAAGAAGCUCGCGAGAAUCGUAAUACAGUUGUCAAGGAGUUCAAGGCCAGGCUCUAUGCCGAGUUCGAUGCAGACCGAAGUGUCUGGCUACGUGCUGUUCGGGUUUUAGCGGAGCUUGACUGUCUCUUCAGUCUUGCAAAGGCUUCCAGUGCACUUGGUGAACCUUGCUGCAGACCCGAAUUUGUUGAAGGUGAUACUGCAUGGUUUGAUUUUGAGGAACUGCGACACCCCGCCUUGAGUAUCGCAACAGGACUAAGAGGAGAUUUCAUUCCGAACGACGUCAAAUUGGGUGAUGGUGUAGGGCGGCUCGCGUUAUUGACAGGACCGAACAUGGGAGGAAAGUCUACAGCAAUGCGUAUGACUGCAACUGGAGUGAUCAUGGCACAGCUCGGUAUGCUAGUACCGGCGCGAAGAGCAAGAUUGUGUCCUGUUGAUUCCAUCUUGACUCGCAUGGGGGCUUAUGAUAACAUGUUCUCGAGUGCGAGCACAUUCAAAGUUGAAAUGGAUGAAUGUUGCAAAAUUCUGCGUGAUGCAACACCCAAAUCUCUCGUCAUUUUAGAUGAAUUGGGUCGAGGAACAUCAACCUAUGAUGGCAUGGCAAUUGCGGGAGCUGUUCUGCAUCAAUUGGCCACGCAUACGCUCGCUCUUUCCUUUUUUGCGACGCAUUAUGGAUCCCUGACAGAUGAUUUCGCUUAUCAUCCCAAUAUCCGUAACAUGCAUAUGGAAACUAUUGUGGACGACGAAAAGCGAGAGCUUAUUUUCUUGUACAAACUGGUGGAAGGCGUUGCUUCAUCUUCCUUUGGAACACAUGUUGCCAGUCUUGCUGGUGUGCCUUCCGAGGUGGUAGAACGCGCGGAGGUCGUCUCCAAAGAUUUUGCUCAACACUUCCGAGAGAAGAUGGAAGGCCAAAAGAAUAAGAUGUCCGGGCGAUUGCCGCUAAGUGUUCAAGCAGACUUUUCCUUUUUGUAUGGGCUAGCGGCAGGAAAGAACGAGAUGCCCAACAAUCUUGUUCGGCGAAGGGAGGUGUUAAGGCUGUUGAAGUCCUCCGUCAAGAAUUACCUAACGAAUGCUACGACUUGA